AUGCCAUCCUAUGCAAAAUUUUUAAAGGAAAUCCUUUCCAACAAAAGGAAGCUAGAGGACUAUGAGACUGUUGCUUUGACAGAGGAAUGUAGCACCAUCUUGCAAAACAAGCUAUCUCCAAAACUAAAAGAUCCUGAAAGCUUCUCUAUACCUUAUUUUACUGGCAACAUGAAUAUAGAUAAGGCCUUCUGCGAUCUUGGUGCUAGUGUGAGUCUGAUGCCCCUGUCAAUAUGCCAAAAGCUGAAUGUUGAAGAACUCAGACCAACAACUAUCUCACUACAAUUGGCAGACAGAUCUAUCAAAUAUCUAAUUGGCAUCUUGAAGAACAUCCCUAUCAAUAUAGGAAAAUUCUUUAUUUCUAUAGAUUUUGUGGUUUUAGAGAUGGAGGAAGAUGUUCAGAUUCCCAUUAUUUUGGGAAGGCCUUUCUUAACAACCACCGGAGUUAUCAUAAGCGUAAAAAAUGGGCAGUUAACUCUCAAAUUAAGAGAAGAGGAAGUGGAAUUCAACCUAUUUAGAGUAAUGAUACACAAAUCUAAAUCUGAUAAAUGCUUGAGGGUUAACAUUAUAGAUAAGCUAGUAGAAGAGAUAUUCCAAAAAAGAUAUCCUGAAGAUCCUCUCAAAGCAUGCAUAGUGCAUAGCAAUACAGUGGACAAUGAAAAUAAAGAAAUUGUAGCAUUUGUAUGA